AUGGUCUCUAAAAGAUACGUCUGGCCGUCGAUUAAUAAAGAUUGUCGUGAAUUGGCAAAAUCAGGCAUCGAUUGCCAGAAGAAUAGAAUUCAGCAACACGUUUCAUCGCAGAUCGCCUGUUUUGAACCUCCAACUGAGCGAUUCGAGCACAUAAACAUCGACUUGGUGUCUCUAAAAUCGUCAAGAGGCUUGAACCAGUGUUUAACGAUCAUCGACCGAUUCACGAGGUUUCCAGAGGCUGUCCCGUUAUCUAAUGGAAAUGCAGGGACAAUAGCACAUGUACUAUCGCUACACUGGAUUUUUCGCCACGGAGUACCGAAACGCAUAACUUCGGACCAAGGUCCACAAUUUGAAUCGUCAUUAUUUCAGUCGUUAUUAAAAAUGUAUGGAAUAAAACACCUGCAUAUCACGCCGUAUAAUCCGCAAGCCAAUGAUCUCAGCGAACAUCUACAUCGUCAGCUUAAAUUAGCACUUUUGUGUCACCAAGAGUCAUUGUACGACGCAUUACCUGCCGUUCUGCUCGGCUUACGCGCUGCCUGGGAAGACAACAUACAGACGACACCGGCUGAAUUAGUGUACAGAAAGCCAAUUCGUUUGCCUGGUGAGUUACUCACUCCCACUAAUAAAACUACACCUCAUCACAUUGUCAAUAUUCUAAAUCGUCAUUUUAAUUCAUUGGCAUCGGCCGAAAUGUCGCGUCACGGCAAGCAUUCUGUUUUCUGUUUAAGGAACCUUAGUACUUGCAAUCAUGUACUGGUACGGAAUGACCAGGUUGGACCAUCUUUCACAGUGCCAUACAAAUGUCCAUAUCGUGUAAUAACCCGACACGAUAAAUACUUCAUCGUCGAUUUUCGUGGACGGCAAAUCGCUAUUUCAGUGGUCAGAUUGAAGCCGGUUUACGAGGCGAAUCUUAUCGACUCGACGAUGACAAUAACAACAAACCUCCAACCGAAUAACACAGCAACCGAGACCCAAAAACGCCGAGUCCAGUUUAAUAUUUAA